AUGUCACUCGACCAUUUUCGUCCACCGGCUAAGAAGUUAAAAACGAUAGAGUCAUUUUUCAAGCCUAAAAGGGGUGAUAAAUCAAGUGAGCUGCUUCCUUCUACUGAAAAUGUUGACAUGCCUACAUCAUCACACCAUGAACAUGAUACUUCUCAGCAGCAAAAGAAGCCAUCAUAUGCUCAACCAACUAUAUCUAGUAAAGCCAAAGAAGUUGCAGUUCAAAGAAAUGGAGGUACUUAUGAGCGUGAUCCAGGUUUGCGGCGCCAAAUUUAUGAAUAUCCAGUGAAUCAACAUGAUGAGGUACGUCAAGCUUAUUUAAAACAGGGACCUUUCAAACCUAGAUUAUCCAAAUAUCCUCCUACUUGGGAUGGAAGACAAGAUCGUUAUUUUCAAUAUAGUUGGCUGAGACAGCAUUCAUGGCUAGAGUACUCUAUCGAAAAGAACAAAGCGUAUUGCUUCCCUUGCUUUAUUUUUGAAACGGAUCCACCUAAGCGUCCUGCAUUUACAAUAGAAGGUUUCUCAGAUUUAAAGCAUAUUGGUUCUAAUAAGACGGUAUCUACAUGUUCAUUUGUUCAACAUGUUGGACAUAUCAAAUCUUCUCACAUGGUAGCUGUGGAAGCUUGUGAAAAUCAUCGGAGGCCAUCUCACCAUAUUGAUAGAGUUUUUCGUAAACAAAGUAAGGAGAUUAUAGCAAAGAAUAGGCUACGACUAAAGGUUGCAAUUGAGACAGUUAGAGUGCUUGGUCUUCAUGCAUGUCCUUUUAGAGGUAACGAUGAGUCAUUAGAGUCAACAAAUCGUGGUAAGUUUAUUGGUUUGAUGAAAUAUGCACCCAUAUUGAAUGACAAGAUUGCUGAAGUUGUCUUAGGAAAUGCACCUGGAAAUGCAAUGUAUACUUCACCGAAGAUUCGAAAGGAAAUUCUACAUAUUCUCGCUAACAAGGUAAAGGAUACUAUUCGUGCAGAAAUCGGAGAUGCUAAAUUUUGUAUUCUUGUAGAUGAAGCACAAGAUUCAUCAGUUCAAGAGCAAAUGGCUAUUGUUUCCAUUUGCUCUGAGAGGGAGAUUUCCGAAGCUCUUGCUUCAUAUGGUCUUUUAGUAGAAAAUAUUCGGGGUCAGGGGUAUGAUGGUGCUAGUAAUAUGAGAGGAGCAUGUAAUGGGUUGCAGGCAUUGUUUCUUAGAGAUUGUCCAUAUGCUUAUUAUGUCCAUUGCUUUGCUCACAGGUUACAACUAGCAUUAGUAGAAGCAGCUACAGAUGAGCAAGAUGUUUAUCUGUUUUUUGAGAAGUUAAAGGUUAUUGUCAAGCUUGUUGGGGCUUCUCCUAAGCGUCACAAUCAAUUGAAAUCUGCAGCAGUAUUAGAGGUCGCCACAAAAUUAGCUGAUGGUUAA